AUGCCUGACGAAACUAGUCCGCAGGAGGUGUUGAAAGAUGAGCUCUUUCUUCUCAGGCUCGGGCACAUCGUAUUCGGUAUUAUCCUCUGGGACUUGGUCUCGAAUAUGGAGUACGAAUGGAGUGUCUGGAAAGGAGAACGGAGAUAUCUGUGGACUAUCUGGUUGCACGCUGCCUGUCGCCUCAUGCUGCUGGCGUGGGUUGCUCUAUCAUUCGCUGUCGAGAUAACCCAACCCGACUGCACGGAGUUGAAGGCGCUCACUCUGACCGUGUCGGUCGUUUCGUACAUGAUACUAGCUUGCGCCUCGCUGAUGAUAGCGCUCCGUGCUGUGGCUAUAUGGCAACGCAAGAAGAUUAUCAUGCUUAUAGCGUAUGGAAUGCUUGUUGCGUGCGUGGCCGUCAGAAUGAAAUACCUGUUCUCGCUGGCGGUCGGCGGAGCGUUCUCCUCAGUAGGAGGUAGCGCGCAAUCUUCAGGCUGUCCCCAAUCAAGUGUUGGACAGCUCGUGAAUACGAGCACCCUAUUUGCCACGGACUUCCUGUUGAUCAUGAUCAUGAUGGUCGGCUUGAUUCGCAUGGAAGAGGCUCGACGCUUCGGAAUAACCAGGCACUUAUACAACUCGGGCUUACUCUGGAUGAUUCUUGUGAUGGUGAUUGAGAUACCCAACCUUGUUCUCGCGGCACUUGAUCUGAACGGUCCCCUGGACGAUCUUCUAGGACCAUUUGAAGUUGCUGCCUUGGCAAUAUGCGCGACACAUAUGUACCGUGAUCUUGCGGCUUACACACAUGUGAUCGAGAGUCUGAAUGUACCGGUAACGACGGCGACGAUGUGUUUCGAAACAGCGACAGGCGUAAGGCUGGACAAUAGUGUACCCGAGCCAACUCAGUCCUAA